UGCAUUAAGAUGUGACGGGCAUUUUCGUCUUUUGAGCCCACUAUCACAUUUUUAAGAAGAGGCCUGGAACACGAAGCCAUUGCAAACUCCUGUUCUGUUUUCCAGGGAUCGACUUUGGUGUUUGCCUGACCAAAAGCAGCUAUGGUUGCCACCCAAAAGGACCCGAGAGAGGAUGUCAUUCAAGCAUGGUACAUGGAUGAUAGUGAUGAGGACCAAAGACUCCCCCAUCACCGCGAGCCCAAGGAAUUUGUGUCCCUGGACCAACUUGCUGAGCUUGGGGUUCUCAGCUGGCGUUUAGAUGCUAAUAACUAUGAAACAGAUGAGGAGUUGAAGAAAAUCCGUGCAGACCGCGGUUACUCCUACAUGGACUUCUGUGAGGUUUGCCCUGAAAAGCUUCCAAACUAUGAGGAGAAGAUAAAGAACUUCUUUGAGGAACAUCUUCACACUGAUGAGGAAAUCCGUUAUGCAGUCGCAGGAAGUGGAUAUUUUGAUGUUAGGGACCGAAACGAACGUUGGAUUCGUGUAUGGGUGAAAAAGGGUGGAAUGAUUGUUUUGCCUGCUGGAAUUUAUCACCGCUUUACUUUGGACACAGACAACUACAUAAAGGCAAUGCGGCUUUUCAUUGGUGAUCCAAUUUGGACUCCAUUCAAUCGCCCUCAUGACCAUCUUCCAGCAAGGAAGGAGUACAUCAAAGUUUUUGUGGAGAAAGAAGGUGGUGAACACACAGUUGAUGCUGCAGCCUGAAAUCCGCGUUUUUUCUUUAUAAAUAAUUUAGUCUGUUGGCUUUGAUAAAUAUAUGUCUGUAUCAUGUCAUUCAUGUGGAAUGUGCCUGGUGGCUCCAUAGUGUUGCCUAUAAUGCUUAUCGUAGAAGCAAUAAAUUUCUGGUAUCUUGAACUGUUGAUCAACUGGAUUAUUAUAUAUCGAUACCUAUAUAUAAAGAUAAGUUGCUGCAUA